AUGGCCAGCUCCUCCGGCGACCUCACCAACGGCGGCGGCGCCACCGCCAGUGCCCCGACGAUGACGACGACGAAGCUUCUGACCAUGUUCUACAACGGCGGCGUCGCCGUGUUCCAUCUCCCUCAAGAUAAGGCGGAGGCUCUCAUGAAGAUGGCGGCGGGUGAUGAGGACGGCGGAGACGACGGCCGCCGCCACCGGCGGCCAAACCACGGCGAGGAGUUGCUCGCCAAGUUGAGACAAGGGCAAGGGAAUAAUAGCCUUUCUUGUUAUGUCGCGCACGCAGAGAUGAUGCCCAUGGCAAGCAAGAGAUCUUUGCAACGCUUCUUCCAGAAGCGCAAGGAGAGGUCUCAUCAUGAGUUUACUGUUCUAAACAAAGCUAGCUAG